CUGAUGCGGUGGUACUGCCUGAACACCAACACGCACGGCUGCCGCCGCAUCGUGGUGUCCCGGGGCCGCCUGCGCCGCUUCAUCUGGAUCCUGCUGACCCUGAGCGCCGUCGGGCUGAUCCUCUGGCAGUGCGCGGAACUGCUCAUGAACUACUACAGCGCCUCGGUCUCCGUCACCGUCCAGUUCCAGAAGCUGCCCUUCCCCGCCGUCACCAUCUGCAACAUCAACCCCUACAAGUACAGUUCCAUGAAAGACUAUUUAUCUGAAUUGGACAAAGAGACCAAAAAAGCUUUGGAGACUUUCUACGGGUUUUCCGAGGGCAAGUCCAAGGUGCGCCGGUCAGUGGAUGAGCGGAACAGCACAGGGAGUGACUUCUUCAAACAGAUCCCUCUGCUGAAGUUUGAGGACUUCUCUAAGACAGUGAUCGACCUUCGCAGUGGCCAGAAGAGGAAAAUAGAGGGCAGCGUCUUUCACAAAGAUUCAUCCAUAGUGAACUCCGGGGAUUCAAAUGAUAUCAUUGGCUUUCAGCUGUGCGAUGCAAACAACAGCAGUGAGUGUGCACUUUAUACAUUCAGUUCUGGUGUUAAUGCUAUCCAAGAAUGGUACAAGCUGCAUUACAUGAACAUCAUGGCACAAAUUCCCCUGGAGACUAAAGAAAAAUUGAGUUAUUCUGCAGAUGACCUUCUACUGACAUGUUUCUUUGAUGGCCUAUCUUGUGACAAAAGGCACUUCACUCGUUUCCAUCAUCCCCUGCACGGCAAUUGCUAUACCUUCAACAGUGGGGAAAACGGGACGAUCCUGAGCACCUCCACGGGAGGCAGCGAGUACGGAUUGCAGGUUGUUCUGUUUAUAGACGAAGCAGACUACAACCCCUUCCUGGUGACAUCCACAGGAGCCAAGAUCAUUGUCCACGACCAAAACGAAUAUCCCUUCAUCGAAGACAUCGGCACAGAAAUCGAGACUGCAGCGGCCACCUCCAUAGGGAUGCACUUUACUCGGUCUCGCAAGCUGAGCAAACCCUACAGUGACUGUACGGAGACAGGUGCUGACAUACCAGUAGAAAACCUCUACAACAAGAGCUACUCACUCCAGAUUUGCCUGCACUCCUGCUUUCAGAAGGCCAUGGUGGACUCCUGUGGCUGCGCCCAGUAUGCACAGCCCUUACCUGCUGGGGCAGAAUACUGCAACUACAAGAAAAAUCCCAACUGGAUGUACUGCUACUACAGACUGCACGAAAAGUUCGUGAAGGAGCAACUGGGCUGCCAGCAAAUCUGCAAAGACGCCUGCAGCUUCAAGGACUGGUCCGUCACACACAUUCAAUUCCGGUGCCCAAGCUGGUCCGAGGAGGACUGGAUGCUUCGAGUUCUCUCUUGGGACAAAGGACAAAAAAUCAACAAGAAGCUGAACAAGACGGACCUCGCAAACCUCAUGGUGUUUUACAAAGACCUGAACGAGAGAUUCAUUUCAGAGAAUCCUGCCAACACGCUUGUCAUUCUUCUUUCCAAUUUUGGAGGCCAGCUGGGCCUUUGGAUGAGCUGCUCAGUCGUUUGUGUCAUUGAGAUCGUCGAGGUCUUCUUCAUCGAUUCGCUUUCCAUUGUGAUGCGGCGCCAAUGGCAAAAGGCAAAGAAAUGGUGGAACGACCGAAAAAGGGUCCGGUCAGGGAAGCCACCGCAGGCCAGCAAUCUGGAGAGGCAGGGCCAUGAUAACCCUGUCUGCAUCGAUGAGGACCUGCCCACCUUCAACACCGCCCUCCGCCUGCCACUGCCCCAGGACAACCCCUUGCCCAGGACUCCCCCCCCCAAUUACAGCACUUUGCGGCUAGAGACUGCGUUCACAGAGCAGCUGCCUGACACGCUAGAGGUUGGGCAACACUGACGCUUAUUUAUCCACCCAUCCAGGUGCCAAAAUAAGAGGUGGGUGCUGGACCCACGCGUCCGGGGCGAAAGGCACACAUCCAAACGAGCACUGAAGGGCUGUUGGGUCAGACCCUUAUUCAGGGAUUGAACUUGCAGUCAAAGCUUCUCUGAGCAAAGCUCAGACACAAAAGCCAAGGGCUCAGAGACAUUAGGAACCUCAAGCAACAUCAAUUCUCAAGUUAAUCAUUGCAGAAGAUGGCUGGAGCAGGAUGUGGGACUGAGCUGGGAAGUCCUGCCAGACAGAGGCAUACAUUAGCCACCAACUGCACACGCCCCACUGUAAGUGGGCAGGAAUUACUCCACAGCAGAAGACUGAUGCCACAUUGAGUAUUAACGCUAAUUGCUCUCUGCUGUGUGGCUUGACUUGUGGGAAAAACCCAGGGCUUUCAGGAAUGCAGCAUGACGUUUGUAGGAAGGAGCAUGACAGAGGUUUGGGAAGAGCACAGAUUGGAUAGAAGGAAAGCUCUCAAGCUGAAUUGUGAUUAGGAACCUGGUUCCAAAGGUGGCCUGAGGACCUGUCCUUUCCAAGAUGAAAAGUUAGGAUAGCCGGAGAUGUGCUUGUAGAGCAAAUUAUUACACAGCUUGAGUAGGAGAACUUGGGUCAUCCCAAAAGAAACAUCUGAAAAAGGGCAGGAAAUCUAAUUCAGAUCACAAUAAUGAACUGCGUGCUCUGUGAGCUUGUUUCAUCUUACAUAGCUCCAGCUGGCCAUUAAGCAUAACCUCAGAGGAGCUUGUCAAGCAGCACCUGGCCUCAGCUUCCCAGAAGCCUCAAAGAGAGCUGGCUGCUCCUUUUCCUGCUCAGCCCUGGGCAGCGACUUCCCUCCUGCAGCCACCCCACUUGCCCCUAGCUGUGUGCCCUGGUGCCUGGGAGGGGACGGAGCCAUGUGGGUCUGAGCAGCAGCUGGAGCUGCCCUGGGCUCCACACACAGCCCGGACAGGAGGCAGCCGGAGGAUGCACCUGCCCCACUGCUACACUGUCUACCUUGCUUCCACCCCCCCAUUCCACCGUGCCAUGUCAACACCCUGCAUUUGCCUGCUGUGCACCGUGCCGUGCUACUGCCAUCGCACCAGGCCCUCCCUGCACCGCAGGCCAGCCAGAGGCUGCUGCCAGCGUCUGCACAGCGCUUGUGGAGAGACCUCCAGGGCACCCAGCUGCAGUGGCAGCGCCCUUCCCCUUGCUCCCAGCCCUGCGCCUGCCUUUUUCCCCACCACAGCCAACUCUUAGCUGCCUAGAGCACACUACAGACGUUGAGGAUGAACGUAGCCUAUGCCGGGUCAGCAGCUUAGGGUUUUUGUAGAGCAAGAGUGGUUGAGAGCAUGUGUGUGUGUGCACAUGUAUAAGCGUAAGACAGUCUCUCUUUUUCUUUCUCUAUAUAAGCUUAUUUUAUAGGACAGUGAGAAUCCAGAAAGGUUCUUUAAUGUGCAAUAAAACAUAUUUUAA